AAAUUGUGAGACACUCUAAAAAUACGCAUGUACGUGCAUACAUAAAUAUAUAAAUAUUGCAAAUAUAUUGAGUUGCUUAAUUUUUUUUUUGUUGCUUGCUUCGUCAAGUAGUUUUAUUAAAAGUGCACAACUAGGGAGCUCUAAACAGAAAAAAAAAAAACUUCUAGAGAAGCAAAAGCGACAACUUCGCGGUGUGUUUUUAUUAAUAACUAAAACAGAAAAGAAAAGCUAUUUGUAGCUCAACGCAACCACCACAGAUAAUCGAGCAAAUCAAAAAUGGCUGAAGCUAAUAAGAGGAAUAUUCCCAUAAAACUGGGUGACUUCAGCGUCAUUGACACGGAGUUUAGCAACAUUCGGGAAAGAUUCGACUCUGAGAUGCGCAAAAUGGAGGAAGAGAUGGCCAAGUUCCGGCACGAGCUGAUGAAUCGAGAGGCAAACUUUUUCGAGUCCACAAGCUCUACUAAAAAAACUACGACAACAACCAGCUCCACGACAAACUCGGCACUGCCAUCGCGAAUCCCCAAGCAACAGAACUACGUGUCCGACAUCAGCUCACCCUUGAUACAGGAUGAGGGCGACAGCAAAGUGCUAAAGCUCCGCUUCGACGUCAGUCAGUAUGCACCCGAGGAAAUAGUGGUGAAGACCGUUGACCAGAAGCUAUUGGUGCAUGCCAAGCAUGAAGAGAAGUCGGACACGAAGAGCGUAUACAGAGAAUAUAACCGUGAAUUUCUACUGCCCAAGGGCGUGAAUCCCGAGUCCAUCCGUUCGUCCCUCAGCAAGGACGGAGUUCUAACUGUAGAUGCGCCGUUACCCGCCCUCACCGCAGGCGAGACAUUGAUUCCUAUUGCGCACAAGUAAAGGCCAUUACCCCAUCCCAACCGAUACCACUUUUUGGAGCGAGAGAUGAAGGAUGAGGUUAUAAUCAUGCCGAUAACAUUGGAGUUGAGUGUCCUAUCAACUAAUUAACUUUUUGGGUUCUGACUUAAAGCUAUAAUAUGAUACUGACUUACUACUCAUAAUUAACUUAAAUGUAAUUCAAAUUAUUAUUAAAUUUGAUUAAAU